AACACGAACGCGCACUGUUUUAUUAUCAUAACAAUUAUUUACGUUAAUCGUUCAUUAACAAUAAUAACGACAUUCAUUUUAAUUUUGUGAUUUAUUUAUUAUUUAUUUAUUUUAAAACAAAUGUCCGGCUCACAACGGAGGCCAAACACAAGGAUGAUGCGUGAAAUGGACUUUGAUAUUUGCAAUAUGCUGACGCCACCAGAAGGCCUACAGGAUUGGUUCACGGAGUUUGACGGCUGGAUAUGCAAUGCCAGCCUCAGCUUGUCAAGGUCGCUUCCAAAACUUCAUGAAAACGCCAAGCAAGCUCAAAAAUGCAACAACUGUGCCAAGGAACAGAAGACUAAAAAUAAACAUGAAACGCAGCCAAGUUCUGAAACCGGAAUCGUAAAAACACAGUCAAGUACAGAAAAUCCAACACUCGACGAAUUAAUCGUAAAUGGACUUCUAAUUAUACAGAAAAGGAAAGAAAUGAGAAACAAGACUGACUUUUUAAAUAUUUUUAAAGGAAAUGAAGAUUUUACGCACUACGAUUACGUAUUGCUGUCGACUGUGAGGGAAAAUGGGAGGAAACAUUUUUUUAAAUAUAUAUUACGGUCUAAGAUUUGAUUAAUUUGUUU